UAUAGAGUAAUCCCAAAACAUUCACAUGCAAUAUUCAAAACAAUGGAUCUCCAAUCCUCAGCACUAGGCUACUUCAUCUUCUUCUCCAUUUCCCUCCUUUUCCCUCUCCUCAUUCUCUUCCUCCUCAAAAACCCUAGCCACCACUCCACCGCCACCGCCCCGGCCUACCCCCUCCUCGGCUCCAUCCUCACCAUCUGGCGGAACAAGCAGCGGCGCGUGCAGUGGAUCUCCGACAUGAUCCUCUCCACUCCGACGCUCACCUUCACCCUCCACCGCCCCCUCGGCUACCGCCAGCUCUUCACCGCCAACGCCGCCAACGUCCAGCACCUCCUCAAAAACCACUUCUACAACUACCCCAAGGGCGCCGCCUUCCGCUCCACCCUCCGCGACUUCCUCGGCGACGGCAUCUUCAACGCCGACGCCGACAAUUGGAAGUUCCAGCGCCAGCUCUCCAGCCACCAAUUCAACACCAAAUCUCUCCGCCGAUUCGUCGAGACCGUCGUCGAUCAGGAAUUAUCCGAUCGCUUGGUUCCGGUCCUCCGCGGCGCAGUUUCCAGCGCCGCCGCCCUAGAUCUGCAGGAUGUUCUCCAGAGAUUCGCGUUUGACAAUAUCUGCCGGAUCGCGUUCGGAUACGAUCCGGCGUAUCUGCUGCCGUCGUUGCCGGAGGUUGAAUUCGCGGUGGUGUUCGAUUCCGCGCUCAAUUUGAUCAGCGAGAGGUUCAAUUCCAACAUUCCUUUCCUCUGGAAGAUCAAUCGCGCCCUAGGUUUGGGGAAGGAGAAGCAGCUAAGGGGGAAAAUCGAUGAGGUUCGUGAAUUCGCGAAGAAAAUCAUGAGGGAGAAGGAAUCAGAGCUAUCGACGCUUGAAUCGGAGGAUUUGCUCUCUAGCUUUCUCAGAUCUGGUCAAUCCGACGAGGAAUUCGUGGUCGACGUCGUGAUCUGCUUCAUCCUCGCCGGGAGAGAUACCACGUCAGCUGCGCUGACGUGGUUCUUCUGGCUGCUGUCGAGCCACCCGGAGGUGGAGGCGGAGAUCCUCCGUGAGAUUAAUCAGGUGAAGGACUCUGACAUCAGCGGCGCGUAUGAUGAGGUUAAGAGCAUGGUCUACACGCACGCGGCGAUAUCGGAGGCGAUGAGGCUGUACCCGCCGGUGCCGGUGAGCACGAAAUCGGCGCUGAACGACGACGUUUUGCCGGAUGGAACGGCAGUGAGGAAGGGGACGAGGAUAAGCUACCAUCCGUACGCGAUGGGGAGGGUGGAGGAGGUGUGGGGGGCGGAUUGGGCGGAGUUCCGGCCGCGGCGGUGGCUGGAGGAGGCGGAGGGGGAGGGGCGGUGGAGGUUCGUGGGCCGGGAUCCGUACACGUAUCCGGUGUUUCAGGCGGGGCCGAGGAUUUGCUUGGGGAAGGAUAUGGCGUAUCUGCAGAUGAAGCGGGUGGUGGCCGGGAUUCUGCGGCGGUUCACGGUGGUGCCGGCGGAGGAAGGGUUUUCGCCGGUGUAUGUGUCGGAUUUUACGUCGAAGAUGAAAGGGGGGUUUAUGGUGAGGGUAAGAGAUAGGGUUAGGUCUUGAUAUUAUUAUGGGAAUUAAUGAUUCCAACAACUUUUCAAUCAUUGAAGCUUAGUAUGAAUUUGUAGCAAGUGUGUGACAAUCUAUAUAUAGAUAUGUGUGUGAUUCUGUUGA